AUGCCUCUUGUCCAGUACUCCGAUAGCGAAAGCUCAAGCUCGGAUAGUCCUCAGCCGGAUCGGAUCCACAGUAAAAGCCAAACCUCCCAAGGAAUCAAAAGAAAGCAUAGUCCAACUUCACAUUCAGUUCUUCCAUCUCUGCCGGACAGCUUCCAUGACCUUUAUGCUUCCACAGCCAGAGUCAGUAAUCAAGACGACCCUUCCCUGCACGCUGGACGUCAGAGGGUGACGCCUCACGUUCAGGGCAAUUGGCCUACUCAUGUCUACGUAGACGAUGCACAAAGUCUCCAAGAGCACCAAGUCCACAGUCUUCUGAAGAGUGAGCUUGGAGUAGAGCUGCCUCUCCAUAUCAGUCUCUCUAGGCCCAUUGUACUGCUCGCACAUCAACGACAGCCGUUCAUUGAUUCAUUGACCCGUGCCAUCAACAAGACAGGUUUAAGCCCAUUCGAGGUAGCCGUGGGAGGCUUGGAGUGGGUUGCCAACUAUGAGAAGACACGCUGGUUCUUGGUGCUCAAGCUGGAGAGACCGCCUCAAAAUGGUCUCAACAAGCUUCUUCACCUCUCAAAUCAGACGGUCACAGAUUUUGGACAGCCGCCACUCUAUACAGACUCGCUGCAAUCCUCCACUGAUGGCCGAAGUCGGAAACGGCAAGCGGGAAAUGGAAGCCGUUCAAAAGGGAUCACAGGAGCCGCCGCUUCGUCUUCCAUGACUCGUUCCGGACCAUCAACUGAUAUCGAUAUGUCCUCGAGUUUUCAUAUCAGCAUUGGUUGGACAUUGGGUGCUCCUACCCAUGGUCUUAGGGAGAGGGUGGACGCGACUGGCAUUGACUUUCAAGCCAUCAAAGUCGACAUCAACACUGUCAAGGCUAAGAUAGGAAAUAGCAUCACAGCCAUAUCCCUAGCAACGAAGAUAGAUACUUCCAGAAGGAUGUUCUGA